UCUGGGCUGCCUGUUGUUCUUGCAUCUCACAUAUGUGUGUGCAGGUGUGCAUGGCAUUGUGAUUUCCUGCUCAGUGCCUCCUAAACAGACAGCCUUCUGGAGCACACAAGGAGGACUAUCUCAACAGCUUUCACAGAAAGGAUCUCUAUGAAAGCUGAAAAGCACAAUGGCCUCACUUGGAAAUUAGAAGCAGCAAAACAAGCAUGAAUACUUUUUCUAAGGGUGUACAAGAAGCGGAGCACAAAAAAAGCACAUUUUCUCUUGAAAUCAGACAGAAAAUCUCCCCCUCCCUCCCCACCCCCCUGAAAACCUGAAAAGCAGCAAACGAGGAGUGAUGUUUAGGAAGUCUGUGGGCAGAGAGAACCAGGAACCAACCAGACGAGGGAAGGGUUCCUUUGAUAUCCACAGCGCUCCUAGCAUCGUGGGCCGCACGCACCUUUGAAGCUUCCCCGGUGAGUGUGGCCGCUUGGCUGGGUGGAUUAAACGUGGCAGGAGGAGUGUGAGGAGAGGAGUGGAGGAGAGGAGAGGAGUGGCGUAGCGUAGCGUGGGCGAGGAGAGAGCUCUUUAGUGAUCAGCGGGGAACAUCGCCCCUACUUAGCCUGUGAAACAGCGACACAGAAGCUGACAAGAGAUGGGUGGAAAAGCACACUGAUGUACAAUACAGAUUCAGAGAGACUUGUAGAGACUGUAAGUGCGGAGGGUGAGAAGAAUCAAACAGGCUUCAGUAAAACAGACUUAGGUAAGAACAACAAGCUGGAGAGCAGAUGAUCACGAGAGACUGCUGGAAACAAAGUAAAGCACACUGAAAUAAAAGCAAGUACAACACAUACUGAAUGAAAAAACAAGCAGAGGAAUCCUCAAAAGGCUCUCAUGGUACUGACACUUGUCACGUAAAGCCUUGCACACAGUAUCAUCAGUGUUGGAGGUACCUGCUGUUACAAUGGUGAAACUGGCACACGUGGAUGAUUAACAGAUUUUUUGGAACUUGUGUUGUUCAACAUCAAAUCCGUGGAAGGGUGUUGAGUCAUCAUGGACCUCAUUCUGAAUACCUGAUACUAUUCCUUGACCUUAAACUGAGUACCAGUACCAUUCUUUGCCCUGCUUUUCACUCCUUUGCAAGAGUAACAGCCAUUUUGUAAUUAGCACAAGCUGAAGCUAUUUCAAGCACAUCCCUCAAAGCACAACAUCCAGUGUGUAUUUACUUCGCCAUGGAAACAGAAACAGAUGGAUACAUGUUGACCAUGCACCCUUAGUUUGUUUCCUCCAAACAGCCUCAUGGACCAAUGGAACAUUUCUGAAUAGAACUGCUAUGGAAGAUUCUGAGAAGGUGGACUGUGAACCCCUUGGUCCUCCAUUGAAACAAGAGCCUCUGAACAUUAAAGAUGGCUAACCUAUAGCCCUCUUGAACAACUGAAAGUUGAAUGUUUCACUGGAUUUUUUUAACUGUUGACUGUUGACAACUGUUGACAGUUUUUUGACUGUUAAAACUUUGAGAAUUUUUUUAUCUGCAUUUUGAACUGGGCUGCUUUGAAUGCCUCAUCGCCCCCCUGUGUGUCCAGUUCUGUCUGAGUCAAGGGUGGACACAGAGACAGGAGCUUUGGCCGUCUGGAUUCAUUUGGACUGGAAGAGACUGAACUGUCGUCGCCAUGGGGUGCAACAUGUGCGUGAUGCAGAAACCCGAAGAGCAAUAUCGGGUCAUGUUCCAGAGAGGGCACAUUAAUAACAUUCUGCACUCUUUUGACGCGGAUGGUCGACUGAAGGUGAACGGUAAGGGUCUGUCGUACCUGUCUCAGGAGCAGGCUCUGGAGGCCCUCCGCGUUGGCCGAGAUUUCAGGCGUGGCUCCCGCCGGCGGCUGGGUGUGGCCAGCUGCGGCGCUGGCAGCGGCGGCGUGGGGUGUGGGGCUCCAGUGAUGGCGGUGGUGGCCGACUGCGUGGACAGUGGAACCCAGACCGACAUCAGCUUCCAGCACAUGCUGUCUCUGGGCAGGGCCCUGAACCAGCAGGUGGGGGGGGGCGGUGGAGGGUGCGGUCAUCCCCCCCCUCCGUACCCACCUUCCCCACCACUGCCACCGCUACCCGAGCCCUACCUGCUGAACGAACUGCCGCCUAUGGAGCAUGACUACUAUGAUCCCAAUGACUACUUUGACAUCUCGCAGCAUGAGGUGGACAGGCCCGACGAUCUGGAGUACGAGGAGGUGGAGCUGUAUAAAUCUCGGCAGCAGGACAAACUGGGCCUGACAGUGUGCUACCGCACCGAUGAUGAGGAGGACCUGGGGAUAUACGUGGGUGAGGUGAAUCCUAAUAGCAUUGCAGCCAAAGAUGGACGCAUUAGAGAGGGUGACCGUAUACUGCAGAUAAAUGGUAUGGACGUCCAAAACCGUGAGGAGGCCGUGGCUAUCCUGACCCGAGAGGACAGCACCAACAUCUCCCUGCUUCUGGCUCGGCCCGACAUAGAGAACGAAAACCAGCUGGAUGUGGAUGAGCUGGAGCUGGAGAUUCAGAUGGGCCUGGAGGUUUUGGACAAUGCGGUCCACCUUCCCAGCCCUCCCUGCGGAGGUGCCCAGCGGAGAGGCUGCUUCCUGGGAGAUGUGGGGAAGGGUCGUGGCGCUGGGGGAUUCAGACCUCCAGGCUCCCGUAGCUCUGCGCGUGACACACCUCCUCCACCCCCAGCAUCGCUGUGGCACACGGUGCUAAGCAACAGCCAGGAGCUGGACAGCGGUGUGGGACGGACGGACGACAGCACGCGCAACGAGGAGUCGUCGGAGCACGACCUCCUGGCCGACGACGCCACCAGCGCCUGCACCACCAACGCCACCAACACCCCCGGGAGCCUGCGCAAGUUCCACGCCACCCCUCCUCCACCACUGCUCACCUCCGCCCGAGAGCUGCACUUCAGCAACGACUCCCUGCUCGGGCCGGAGGUGGUGGGAGCAGGAGGGGCGGGAGGGCUGGGAGGUCACGGAGGUCACGCCUCCACGCACAUGGACGCUCUGGCCUCCGUCCUGCUGCCUGGUUUGUCUGAGGAGGAGUGCAUGCGCUACCGGGAGCUCCUCGAGAUCCGCUGCUACUAUGAGAAGAACGGGAACGCCUUGCUACUGCUGGGCGGAGAGGGGUCGGGGGCUAAAGAUGGCGAGGGCGGGUUUGUGGGUGACGGCGGCUCGACACUGGACAUGAACCGCAACGAGAGCUUGAUGCGGCACGAGCUGGCCCUGCUGGAGGAGGAACUGCGCCACCUGGAGUUCAAGUGGCGUAACGUCCUGCGUGCGCAGAAGAUGCAACAGCUCCGGGAGCGCUGCCUCAAAGCGUGGCCACCCAAAGAGGAAGAGGAGGAGGAAGAGGAGGAAGUGGCGGGUGCUGACGCGGUGAAAGCUGAGUCAGCGCAGCCGAGCGGAGAGCCUUUGAGGCACGAGCUGUCAGACAUUAACGAGCUGCCCGAGAGAGAGCGGUCGGACAAGGACAGCACCAGUGCAUACAACACAGGCGGGGAGAGCUGCAGGAGCACGCCACUGGCCAGCGAACGCUUCCCCUCGCCCUCGGCUUCUGGACACGGCGCUGGAGGUGACGGGGACUCCAGCGCCUCAGCCACCUUCCGGCCUGCUCGCACGCCCAGCAGGUACCGUACCCGGUCGGAGCAGCACGAGGCAGCACGCGGCCAGAACCUCAACCACACCUGCUCUCCCAGCACCCGCAGGAGAGACGAAGAACGGGGCGACAGUCGGAACUCCAGCCCGGCGACCCCACGGUUCCAAUCACUGUCACGAAAUAGAGUUGAGCCAGAUCGAGCCGGGUCGAGCCAGAGGAGGGGGUCGGACGAGGCCAGGAGGCCCCUCGGGGCUAACGGGACGCCUGUGACUGGAGGCCGCAGUGCGGAGAACAGCCCCUACUUGUCUAGACGCCGCUGUGGGUCUCGGCCUCCUCAGCGCUACCAGAGCUGUAUGCAUCUGCGCUCCACCUCCACCAGCGAGGGACUGGGGCUGCAGGAGGCUGAUGAAGAGGCCUCUGGCACAGCCUUGAAUCCCCAUGCUAAUUUCACAAACCCCGCUAACUCUGGUAAUGCAAUGACCUUGCCUCUACCGUUACCUCCUCCGCUGCCUCCAGCUUCCCCGCGCAUGGAGUGGAAGGUGAAGAUCCGUAGCGAUGGGUCGCGCUAUGUCGCCAAACGCCCGGUGCGGGACCGGCUCCUGAAGGCGCGCGCCAUGAAGAUCAGCGAAGAGCGCAGUGGCAUGACGACGGACGACGACGCCGUGAGCGAGAUGAAGAUGGGCCGCUACUGGAGCAAGGAGGAGCGCAAGCAGCAGCUGCUGAGGGCACGCGAGUACCGCCGCCGCCGCGAGUUCAUGAUGCAAAGCCGCUUGGACUUCCUGCGCGAGCGCGAAGGCAGAGACCGAGAGACGGGCGGGGCCGGAGCACAGGACUCCCCUGGCCAUGCCUCCAUCCUGGAGCUCAGUCAGAGGAAGAGCAUGAAGAGACGGAACCGUAAAAUCCUGGACAACUGGAUCACCAUCCAGGAGCUGCUGGCACAUGGCAGCCGCUCCGCUGACGGGCAGAAAGUGUACAACCCACUUCUCUCUGUCACCACGGUUUGAAUCGGAGAACAGGAGAUAGGAGAGUGAAAACAAAAAAAAACAUUUGAAAGUGACUUAAAGGCAGGGAAUCAAAAAGUGAAGAAAAGUUAUAGAGGACAAAUACAAUAAAAAGGAAAAUUUAAUGAAAAAGAAUGAUCAAAAUUCAGUAAACCACAUGCUGCUAUACAUUCUGUUGAGGAUAUUAAGCAAUGAGGUUAAUCAUAAAAUAUACAUAACAUUCAUACAGAAUUCAUACGUACAUUUAGAACAUAGUAACAUAGCAUGGGCUUAGCCCCGUGGAAGGGAUGCUGCACUUCUCUUUCCAGUCAGACGAUGAUAAAUGAAUGUAAAUUGAGAAUAAUUUGAUGCCUGUAAUUUUCUAACCAUUUUUUUUAAUCACAAGAAUGUCUGUUUGGAGGUACUCCUAUAACUUUGUAUGACAUUUUUACCAUAAAUGCCAACUCUUGGUAACACUUAAUGUGUCGCUGUUACAGUGUACCUACCUAAUUAGGUA